CUGCCUUCUCUACUCUUCGUCUCUCCCAAGCUCUAAACAUGUUCUCCCGCGUAGUCUCCCUCAUGGUGUGCAUGCUGGCUGGCGCCGCCGCUUUCAUGGCGCCAUCGGUGACCGUGCGAUCUGUGUCGCGACCGACAAACAGCCUGUCCAUGGCGGACGUUACCUUCCCGGGAGGCAAGAAGACCAAGGCCAACGGAGGCGCCCCCCUGAAGACGGUAGCGCAGAAGGCGGGCUACAAGGCAGCGUACGGCUGCGAGGAGGGCAAGUGCGGGACGUGCGAGCACAAGGUGAACGGCAAGAAGAUCAGGCUGUGCAUCGGCAAGCUUCCCGCCGGCGCCGGCCCAUUCACGUUCACCCAGUAAAUAGAGGAUAAAGGGGUCGGGGCCUACACAUGGACAGAGAAUGGCGGCGCACCAACGCCUCAUCUACGUCACCAAGGGGACAGGGGAUCCAGUGACUGGGAUCCCCCACCUGCAUCACGGAGAAAGACACAGGGACAGGGGAUGGCGGCGCAUGGACACGCCUCAUCCAUAUCACAACUAUCACAGUUACAGCUAUGUUUUUUUGUUUUUUUUUUGGUUUUUUGUCAGUUUUCGGAUCAAAACCUCGUGGAGGUGUAUACCGUCUGGUAGGCACGGUGAGCACCCGCGGCGGAUCGAGGUGGGACAAGCGCGAGAAGACAUCGCCAACAGGAUGAGGCGCUAGAAGUAAGGCCAUGGUUUCGGCGCUCGGAGCGCUAGGUUAGGAUGCCUUGUGCCUCUAGACUAACAAUAGAGCACUCACGACCGACGUGAUACGUAAGCAGUUGGGACGUUGCAGUCGGGGUCUUCGCCGCAAACGCUUUCUAGAAGCCCUUUGGAUGAAGGGGGGCGUUACCUGUAACAGUUGUUUUGCCUUGUGCAACAGCAGGAGGCUGUUGUGAGGGUGGAGCAGUAGUGCUCGAAGCUCUCGUUGUCUUCUCUUAGACAAAACGAAGUACAUACUUGUUUGAGGGCAUCUUCUAUGCACGACUUUACGUUUGUAGGGUCGGAAGGAUAUAUCGUUGACAUUUUAGAGAGGUAGGGAUCACAGUCCAUAGAGAACGGAGAAAGUCUGUGCUACGCACGCGUGGCCUGCAGGAAGCUAUAACUUGCUCGUUUUCAUCGUC